AAGAUGUCCGAUGAGGUGGAGAUCAAAACCUACUUCAAGCUGGUGGAUGUGGUCAAGUGGAUAGGUAUAACGCAGUUCGAGAUCCUGGUGAAUUUGCUCGCCUUUCUGGUGUUUAGCAUUAUCUUAACGGUGAAGGUGACCAGUGGUGCGCUGGCCGGUCCAACCAGUACCAGCGAAUGGUUGGUCAUGUUUUCGCCGCUGUUUUGUGGAGAUUUUUGUAAUGCCUACUUUUGUGUUAUCGUCGGCAUCCGAAUGUAUCUGGGCAAUAAACAUCGCCAGGCGAUGCAUCGGCUAUCCUGGAGUGUGCACUUUCUGCUGCUGACCGCCGGUUUUAAGUAUCUGGUGUGCAUGAAACUGUCCGGUCAGAGUGGAUUGGAAUACAGUGAAGUUUUUUCGCCGAUUUUCGUGCUGCUGCAGUUGAUCGCAGUUAAAGCCUGCCAGUUUAAACAACAAUCGUGAUCGGACGGACUGAUUCGUGCUGUGGUAAGUCUUUGUUAUUGUGCGGAAGGAAAGAGAAAGAUUAAAGUUUAAGGGCCGACAUGCAAACUAUUCAAUUCUAGGA